AUGGCUGAGAUUCAUGAAAGUGAUGAGACCGACACGGUUAAGCUGACCACCUCACGACCACAUCCCACCUUAGAGGAGUAUGAACGGCUCUUCGGCGUCGACGAGGACGCGUAUGAGCAGCCAACCACCACUAGGAAAGAACUUUGGUCCUAUUACCUCUAUUACAAUGGCGAUAACGGUGUCGGCCCGGGAUCGUACAGUCAAGCUCUGUAUGUACAAUGGAAACACUGGAAUUCCCCGACUAAUCCGCGAAGCUUCCAGUGGGCCUUGAAUGGCGCCGGACAUCAACCUGGCUCGAAUCCACCUAAAGCCUGCACCGAUUCAUCGGCCUGUGUAGUGCCGUGGGCGGGAGGCACAAGAUCGGUAUCUUCAGUGGUUCUUAUCGCCAACGGCCUUUGCUUUACUUUUAUGACGGUGAUAUUCGUCUGGUUAGGGAGUGCUGCAGAUUAUGGAACAUUCGGCCGAUGGCUUCUUCUGGCAUUGACGGUGGUAUGCUGGGCACUGCAGUAUGGUAUGAUGUCCAUCCGGCAUCCGAGCCAGUGGCCAGCGGCGAUGGGAUUGUACGUGGUGGCAUACGUUGCCUACGGCGCAACGCUGGUAUUCUACGCUGCCGUAUUCCCCCGUCUGGCACGGUAUACACGGCAUGUGCGCAAAGCGAGAGAAGGGGAUCUCAGAGAGGGUAAGAUUGACCAGGAGGAAUACGAUACUAUUGAAUCACUGGAGAGGAAUCAUAUCAGCAAUAUUUCGACUGCACACAGCAACAUUGGGUACCUACUCACGCUCGUACUUAAUCUGAGCGUUCUACUUCCACUCCAAAAUAACAGUUUCUCGAAUAACUUGGCACUCUGUCUUACCAACUCCUAUUGGGUCGUCCUUGGCAUCUGGUGGUUUAUUUUCCAGCAAAGAAGACCAGGUCCGAAGAUACCAAAAGGGUCAAGCUAUACCACCAUUGGAUUCAAGCAGAUCUGGCUGGCCAUUCGAGAAAUUAGGUCUCUACCACAGACAUUUCUGUACUUUUUUGCCUAUUUCCUUCUUGCCGAUGGCCUUAAUACUACCGGUGGGUUCUUUCUUACUUGCUUUCUGCAAAUGAGACUUGUUACACCCAUGAAGACAAGAGAAUCCACUAACAUGGACGGAUCAAUAGGUACUCUCGUUAGCAUCAUCCAAAACGACUCUGUUUCAUUUUCUUUCUUGCAGAUUACAUAUCUCGGCAUUACCCAAGCUGCCUGCUCGAUCACCUCAACAUUCGGCUUUUGGUAUAUACAACGGUACUUCAAAUUUAAGACGAAGACCAUGUUCUUGUUCACAAAUUUCUUCAGCGUUUUAAUCCCCUUUUGGGGCAUGCUGGGACUAUGGACCAAUCGCAUCGGGUAUCACAAUAGGUGGGAGUUUUACUUCUACAAUGUCAUCUUUGGACUUUUCCAGGCUCCAUACUAUGCGUACGCUCAAACGAUGAUCAGCGAGCUGAUGCCACGCGGCUACGAUAAUAUGUUCUUCGCGCUUUUUGGAAUAACCAAUCGGGCUUCUUCAAUCAUCGGCCCCAAUGUCAUCCAAGCCAUCAUAAACAAUACCCACAACAGUUGGAUGGGCUUCCCGUUCUUAUUCGCCAUCUGCUCCGCGGCAAUGGUCACUAUCUGCUUUGUAGACAUCAAAAAAGGUCGUGAGGACUGUCGAGAAUUCAUCGAGCAGCGCAAGAUAGACCGUGUUGUGGCGGAGAGUGGUCUAGAUCCCAAUGAUAUCACAAAGGGAAAGCAACCUGUUCAUAACGAAGACGUCCCGGAAGUGCAAAACGAACACGCAGGCACUUUAGUGACGGAUUAA